AUGGACGCCCUCAAGAACGUCAUCAACAAUGUGCCCGACUGGGUCUCCCAGCUCGACAAGAUGGGCGACCAGAUUGUCCAGCGCCAGGCCCAGCUCGCCGCAUUGGCUAGCGAAAACACCGUGAAGCCUCUUCGCAACCGUGGAUCUACCGAAUCACUGAAGCAAAAGGACGAAUACGCCGAUGCCACUCCUGCUCCCGUCGAUGAGACGCCCGCGACCAAGUCAGAUACGCCCGAAGUCGCGUCAGCGCCCCAAGAUAAAGAAAAGACAGCGGCGAACCCGUCCACCCCCAGCAGCGAAACACCGUCGGCUCUACAGCAGCAGACGCAGAACGCCUUUACCCAGGCGCAAGCAUAUGCUAGAGCAGAGGUGAAGAAGCGCGUUCGGACCGCGUCCGUCAUGUCUGGUGAAGACAACCAGUCAAGAUACCGCAGCAAGACACAAGUGACUGUCUUCUACGACGAAUUUGUGGAGAAGUUCUUUGAAGAUCUGGUCAAGUUCGUGUCGGCAAGCAGGAACAUGAUGCGCAAGGCCAAGAUGGCGGCCAAGGUUGCAAGCAUCCGUCGCAUGGCGGAGCUUGAGCACGGAGACGAAGAUGACGAUGCUGGAGAUGGAUCCAUGAAGGCUGAUACGAACGCGUCCUUGGCUGCCGCCCCAGUUGAUGAGGCCUUGCCAUCUCUGCGGUACAUGAGCGCACGACGAAUGGGCGCUGGCAGACGAGGCGGACCCGGACCAUCAUAUACACGAGCCGGCCAGGCCGGCGGGAUGGGUAGCAACGUACCAGACGUUUACGACGAGCUCGACAAGCAUCUGGAGUAUGUGCAAGGCACGGCCGAGCACGCUGCUCAUCAGUUCCUCCGUGACGCGCACUGCAGGGAGGAGAUUGCCAACAUACAGAGACGUCUGAUAGAGACCAAGGAGUUGGCGGUCAAAGAGAUGGAUCGCAUAGAGAAGGAGGAGCCUGAUUUGCUGAGGGUGACCAGCGAGCCCAACAAGGUGCGGACUCUUCGACCUACGAGCAUGCGGCGGGAGCUCACGCCCGCCAAGGACAGCAAUCCGCCAAUAACUCCCAGGACGCUCGAGGUUGACGCGAGGCUUGAGGCCGAGUCCAGUUCCAGGACGCCGGUGACCAGGGCUGUCGAGGUGGACAUGUCGGCGCCACUCGUGGCUGACGAAUCGCCUAUCGAGGCCGAUGUUGAUGAGGGCAUUGUUGACGACGUACCGCCUCCGCGGCUGAAUUUCCGAUCUACAAGGGCAAUGCGAGGACCGACAGCUUACUAA